AUGGUCGCUGUGUCUCCACCGCGGCUCACCGCGGGUCCUCUCCUGCGGGCUCGCUACCGCUCGUCUCCCCGUGGCCGCUGCUGCUCACGGCCAGGCGUUACUCCGCGCACCCUGCCGCUUCCAUACCGGGAACGGGACUUCUAUCUGCCUGCCGUUGUCUGCCUGCGCUGUCCACCCUUCUCCAUGCCUCCACUCACGGUACAGUCGCCAAACAUCGACGCCACACUUCGACGCCACGCUUCGACGGCCCCACGCUUCGACAGCGCCACGCUUCAACGGCGCCACGCUUCGACGACGCCACGCUUCGACGGCCCCACGCUUCGACGACGCCACGCUUUGACGGCCCCACGCUUCAACGCCACGCUGCGACGGCCCCACGCUUCGACGACGCCACGCUUCAACGGCCCCACGUGGGUGGCCCCACGCUUCGACGACGCCACGUGGGUGGCCCCACGCUUCGUCGACGCCACGUGGGUGGCCCCACGCUUCGACGACGCCACGUGGGUGGCCUCACGCUUCGACGACGCCACGUGGGUGGCCUCACGCUUCGACGACGCCACGUGGAUGACCCCACGCUUCGACGCCACGUGGGUGGCCCCACGCUUCGACGACGCGACGUGGGUGGCCCCACGCUUCGACGACGCCACGUCGGUGGCCGCACGCUUCGACGACGCCACGUCGGUGGCCGCACGCUUCGACGACGCCACGUCGGUGGCCGCACGCUUCGACUCCUCCUCCACGCUUCGACUCCUCCUCCACGCUUCGACUCCUCCGCCACGCUUCGACUCCUCCUCCACGCUUCGACUCCUCCUCCACGCUUCGACUCCUCCUCCACGCUUCGACUCCUCCGCCACGCUUCGACUCCUCCGCCACGCUUCGACUCCUCCUCCACGCUUCGACUCCUCCUCCACGCUUCGACUCCUCCUCCACGCCGCACGCUUUGACGCCGCACGCUUUGACGCCGCACGCUUUGACGCCGCACGCUUUGACGCCGCACGCUUUGACACCGCACGCUUUGACGCCGCACGCUUUGACGCCGCACGCUUUGACGCCGCACGCCUCGACGACGCCGCACGCCUCGACGACGCCGCACGCCUCGACGACGGCGCACGCCUCGACGACGCCGCACGCCUCGACGACGCCGCACACCUCGACAACGCCGCACGCCUCGAAGCCGGCGCACGUCGGCGGCCGCACGCUUCAUCGCAGCUCGUCGCCGGCCGCACGCUUCAUCGCAGCUCGCCGGCGGCCGCACGCUUCAUCGCAGCUCGCCGGCGGCCGCACGCUUCAUCGCAGCUCGUCGGCGGCCGCACGCUUCAUCGCAGCUCGUCGGCGGCCGCACGCUUCACCGCAGCACGUCGGCGGCCACACGCUUCAUCGCCGUACGUCGGUCGGCGCACGUUUCUACGCCGGUGGCUCCUGUUUGACGCCACGUCGGUGUCCGCCUCCUGCCGCAUUCUCGACGCCACGCUUCGACACAUUCGCGUGCUCUCAUCCAUUCAUCGUGGGACCAGUGUCGACCAUGGACACGCGUUCCCUAUUGGUGGGUGA